AUGUCACAACAACUCUCCAAGCAAUUCUUCGAAGCCCAGUUUUAUUCCAAUCUGGCUGAAUGCCCAAUAGGAGAACCAGAAAGUCCAUUUGACCGAACACCUGACGAUGCCCUCAGUGCGAAAGUUGCGAGAGACGGUCAAAGUCGUCAACUUCUACAGCCAUCCGUCGGCAAAUGUGAAUCAGUUCUUUUAAACCCUGCACUGCCCAGUGGGCAAGAGAGCUCUGAGGUUGUAGCUCAGUUCGGUUUGCUCGUUUCUUGGUUCUCGGAAUAG